UGAUGGGGAAUGUAAUUAGGUUGUUUAGAACAAGCAAGAAACCGUACAAUGAUACUCUAAUCACGAGCAAUGACCACGAAAUAAUAAAAACGAUCUGGUCAACUGUAGGAAAGGAUAGCGCGUAUUACGGUUUCGCGAUGUGUACGAUACUUUAUAAAAAUCACCCUCAAUACGCAAAAUACUUCGAAGACUUGCAGAUACCAGAGUUCGUACGCGAAGCAAAAGUGAAAAAGAAAUUCACCGUCAUCUGCGACAUUAUGGCCGCGUUGUUUAUCAAUUUUAAUAAGAAGCCCGUACAGAGGGACCAUCUAAUCGGCUACAUAUCGAUGGUCCACAAGGACAUGGGGCUGUCUGUACGAGAUCUUGAGAAUUUUAUAUCGUGCAUUGUGGAGUGUUUAUGCACCGAGCUACCGAAAUUGAUGACCGCGGAGAAUGUCAUCGUGCAAAUGAAGUAUUUCAAUAUUAUAUGCGAGGCAAUGUUAGAUCUGAUGGAGCAACUCAGAAAAAAGAUCGACCAGAUAAUAUUACAUUCGGGCAAACAAACCUUCUGCGGUUGGUGUUAUACGAAAGAUUCUGACAUAUUAUACAACUAUCCAUUGAAAUAUUGGAUGUACAAGAAACGCUAUUGGGAAUACCGAAGGGCCGUUUGGGCCUCGCUAGACCUGGGACCAGUGGGGGUCAGUGUACCUGACCAACGCAGAAUAAAGUUGCAAACUCGUCGAAGAACGAUGGAAAUAAGGCGAGCCGAUCAGAGACGUCAUACGUGGAAGUCCGUAAACAAACGAGCUAGCACCGACAGUGAUUACACCACAGAUAAGUACCAGUACCAGAGAUCUCUCCACAGUUCCUGGCUGUUCACCAAUCGAUAUAAAAAUAAAUCCCAUAACAAUAAAGUUCCCAAAUCGGACGCCAUGAAACAUUUACACGAGGUCAAUUACAAGUAUAAAAUACUCAUUCAGACAUUGAGAAAAACAUUUUUGAAAUCCAAUUGCAGCAGGAGUUAGCUCCGAUGGAGCAAAAGGCAGUGGAAGAUUCUUCUUCAGCCGCAUUCACUCAACCGGAUGAUAAACAACCCUCGUCUUCGCAAAAAAAAUUGUCGGAGAAUUCAACGAACCGCGCACGGGCAAGAGAGCGUAAAAGACAGAGCUCUUUGCUGGCUGGCCACAACUACUCAGUAUAGCCACGUUGCAAGAAAAUGUAGUACUUUAUUAUUAAAUGAAUGUUGAACGAUGUCCCAUUCAUUUCCAA